AUGGAGAGCCCGCGGUUGUGCGGGCUGAGCGUCCCGGCCCCGCCCGGAGCGUUACGGGAGGGCGUGGGGCUGCGAGCCUACUGCCGGAAUGGGCUGAUGGCAGAGAGCGUGGAUGACCCUAUUUCUUUUACAGUAGCAAAAGUGAAGUGCCGAAUUGCUAUUGCAGUACUCAAGUACAUGCCUAGUGUUUUUGUAUUUGAACUACUUUCUUUUUUUCUAGCAACAAAAGUUCUUGGCACGGUCAAGUGGUUCAAUGUCAGAAAUGGAUACGGCUUUAUCAACAGAAAUGAUACCAAAGAAGAUGUGUUUGUUCAUCAGACUGCUAUAAAGAAGAACAACCCACGGAAGUAUCUGCGCAGUGUUGGUGAUGGAGAGACUGUAGAAUUUGAUGUGGUCGAGGGAGAGAAGGGUGCAGAAGCAGCUAAUGUCACUGGGCCAGAUGGAGUCCCUGUAGAAGGCAGCCGCUAUGCUGCAGACCGACGCCGCUAUCGACGUGGCUAUUUUGGCAGACGCCGCGGACCACCUCGAAGUGGUGUUGAGGGAGAAAUCAAGGAUGGGGUUACAGAAGGAGGACAAAUUCAUCAACAAGUCCAAAGGAAUCCUACUUAUCGUCCCCGCUAUCGCAGAGGGCCCCUGCGUCCACGCCCUGCCCCGGUCACUGGAGAGGCUGAGAACAAAGAGAACCAGCAUGAGGCCAGUGCUGUGAGUCAGCAGCCACUGCGCCGUGGGUAUAGGCGCCCAUACAACUACCGGCGUCGGCCUCGUCCGCCCAAUACACCAGCUCAGGAUGGGAAAGAGACAAAAGUGACUGAAACACCUGCUGAAAAUUCUGCUCCAGUGACUGAGCAGAGUGGUGCUGAGUAAUGUCAGGUUCUGCAGGCACCUCUACUAUCCCUCAGGUGUCCUAAAACGUAACUCAGAAAUAACACCAAAGAAACAUUCAAGCAAUAAAUAAGCAACAGUGAUGAAAGCAAAGAUUCAAAAUAUCAGGACUACAAGCAGGAGGAAAAAAAAAAAAAAUACCAGCAGCUGAGAUCCAGGGAACGCCUGCAAGACAGAUGCAUAAAUAAUAAGAGUGAGAUUUGGAAAGAGCAACCUCCCCAGUUUCAAGAGCAGCUGUGGGUUUUUUCUUGUUUAGAAUUUCAAUGUUUCACUAGUGUUGAAUUUUUCAGUUUUUCUUUUGGUAUCAAACUGAAAAGGGGAAAAUACCCGAUGAAAGAACUGAAAUAGAAAUCAAAUGCUUUUCUUUAUUGGAUGCUGGUGCUAGACCUCCCAGGUGUGUUGAGUAUUUUUUUUUUUUCUGUGCCAGUCCUGUUCACUUCAGGACAUGGGGAGGAGAAACUUCAGCUUUCCUUGGUAAGAUCUAUUUGAAACUGUGCAGCAUGGGUGACGUUCCUUGCAAAUAAAAGUGAUUUCAACUACCAAAA